UGAUGAAUAGGCAUGCGAGGAGUUGUGAUCCACCUUAGAAAGCCUACCCAACUCAUAGUCAUAGGCUGAGAAUCUGCGCUCAACCAUCAAUCAUGGUAAUGCCUCGCCUUCCUGAUUUGGAAAGUAAACAAAUUGGCAACCGCCAGCGCCGUCCCACCUCCCGGGGGUUUCUCCCGAUGGGAAAAGUCGCCCUGGCCGGUUUCAUCUCACUGCUCUCCCCAUGCAGUUCUUUCGGAAUCGUCAGUGCUGCCACAGAGCAACAAAAGUCCCAGAACAGAAAAACGAUUGUGCAACUACAAGCCGAUUCUGUGCGGGACGAAGAAGCCCGUCAACUCUUGCGCGGAGAGGCGAGAUCUCCGCAAGAAAACGAGAGCGACAAGCUUCCUCAAAAUGAACUUCUACUUCAUCAAGAUAAACUAGCCGAAGAAUUGCCGACGUCUUCAUCUUCUGCUAACACCGGAGCAGCACAUUAUUCCAAGAAACAAAAUGUGCAUCAAAGUAGAACUUGGGCGUUGCAAGGGCUCGGACAGCAGCAGCAGCAGCAGCACAUCACGGGCAGCGGACGUAGCACUAUUUCUGCGACAUCGGGCAACAGCAACAGUGUCGUCGUCGUCGACGGGGCAAAAAUAAAAGACACAGAAAGCAAACUUCGUGCCUUUCCCUUUCCAUACGAGCCCUCCUCUUCCCCGAUGGGACUUUCGGCAAUUUUCCAGAACUCGCUGCGCGACCUGCACAACAUUUGGACCAGCACCAUGCGAUCGACCGCGACGUCUGUGCCGCACUGGAACUUUUUGGAGUUCUCCAGUGCACUGGAUUUCGCUGCGAACAAAAACGCAGCUGGGGCUCCUGGACAACAGGAACAAGACUCAGCUUCAGCACGACCUGCGAAUUCAUCACCCGCCUCGCUUCUAGAUGUAUCCGCCGACGAGUGGGUUGUGAACGGUCCGGCCUCGCUGCAGGAGAGGAACCAACGCAUGCUGAGAACGAAGAUGGACACGCUCGGGCACUACGUUUCCACCAUGGACGUUUUCUUUGCCAUGUCGUUGGUUCUCAUCGUGGUUGCCUUCUUCGCCUUCCAGAUGUACUACACGGCGAGCACGGACAGCUCCGGAUCGCAGGGCAGCGCCGCGAGCCAGUUCAUCUUUGGGAACCUGUUCGGGUGCAUCUCGCUCUGUACUUCCUGCAGUGUCAACAUCUUGUUUUCCAUGAUCGCCGGCGGAAAUGACCACAAGAUGACCUUCAACACGGUGACGUUUUAUAUGGAGCAAGAGUUGUUGAAAUUGUUCUUCUGCUGUGCGGUUAUUGCGGCGAAAUCCACCUACAGCGAGCAGGACCAGGGUCGCAAAUUGGUAGAGGAAGUAGGUGACGGAAGCAGUACAAGAACCGGGGCGCCGGCGAGCGCGACGAACCACACCACUUCUGUCGGUCUGACCUCCGUGUUCGAAUUGUUUUCCGUCUCCGGCCCAAGCUUACGUGGCAGCGACACGAAGCAACUGCAUCACGGCUGGGUGUGGAAGUCUUUCCUGCGCUUCUCCCUCCCGGCGGCGCUCUUCUGUGUCGGGAACGUCGUCACGCAGAUGGUGUUGGGCACGUCCAGGGUGGGAGCGUUUGCGGUCCUGCGCGAGUGCCAACUGGUCGGCACUGUCUUCCUCCGCGCGCGCGUCUUCGGAAACGACCAUUCCUUGGAAGAUUGGCCGUCGCAAUCCUUGGUGUUUUUGCUCACCUUUUUCUGCAUUCUUCAGGGCGUCGCGGAAUACGGUGGAACAACGGAGGACCCGGGUGCAGUGCCGAAUCCUGCGACCACGUCGGGGACGACGGAGUACAUGCCUGGUAUACUCGCAGUACUGUGCAUCUUCGCCAACAUCGGGGGUUGCGUUUCCAUGGAAUACAUGAUGCGCGUGCCGGUCUGGACGGUCGUGGAUGUUGGGGCCCAGCAACAAAUUCUCGGGGAACAAGGACAGACGGCCGCAACCGACGUGGAGCCAUCGAGCAGCACCGGGCCGACCGUGGCAGGGACGACGACCACAAGCGACGAGGAAAGAACCACUUCGGGAGACGCAACAGUUGUAGAAAACGUCGCGCCUUUGGACGAGUCGUGCCUGCGUGCGGACUCCGUUGCGAACACGGAGCGGGAAGUGAAGAACUUUCUGAACGAUGUUGAUGUUCAGAAUGGGAUGCUGUACAUGUGGUGCAGCUUCAUUCUGCUCCUGGUCCGCAUUUCCACCUCGGCCGCGUCGACGGGGGGCGGAACUGAAUCUGUCAACCCCUUUAUCGACGGCCACGCCACGGCGGCUUUCAUCAUCUCCGCCUGUCACGGGCUGUUUGUCGGCCGAAUCCUGAAGUACGCCGGCUCCACAAUCAAGGCGGCCUGGCGCAUCCCCGUGGCGCCCGUGCUCGUGCUCGUCGGGGUCUUUUUCGGCGACUACUUGGGGCUCGUGGCACAUAACCGAAGGUAUACAAUUGAAGAUGAAAACUACUACGUGUACGUGAAUUGAAAUUGAUGCGCAGUUCAGGCUUUCGAAACAAGAGGAAAAAUAAAACUGUACAUCGUUCUACUUAGAGAGGGCACAGUAUGGCCGCACACUCUCUCAGCAAUAAUCGCAUAUUUCAGGUACACGUUCCUUGACUGGUUCUUCACCACCUCCAUCAUGGCCUUGGUCGCGACCUACCUGUGCUGGCAGUUGCUGAAGCAAGUGCGCAAAAGCGAAGAAGAGCAGAAAGAGCGCGUCGGAUCUGCGAGAAGCAAGCUGCUGGACAUCACCCCGUCGGAGCGCAUCGAAACAAGGAGUGACAGCAGAAAGGCGCUGGUGCGAACCCUGGUACACUGGUCGGAAAAAGACCAGGACUAUCGAGAAACUUCAGCGGGAGUUUUCGAGCAGGACGAACCGACAACCAGUGCUUCAACAUCGAAGGAUUCUGCUGGGACCAAUCAGGCGGCACAGCGAGUUGCGGGAAAUACCAGGCCGGGGUACGCAAGCCGCAUGGGCAGGCAGCGGCAGGGAUCACGAUGA